UAUUAUUAAAUUAGACAUGGAGUUGAAUGUUGCUAAUUUUUCGAAACAGAUAAAGGAACAGCAAGUUCUUGAACAGGAGCUGAAAUCACAGCCAAAGGGAGCAUCUGUGUACAAGCAACAACCAAACAGUCAAAUCUUUUUCAAGACCAGCCAUGAGAAGAUGAUGGUAGAAUGUAAAAGAAACCUGGACAGUUUAAUAAAAGAAUACAAAGCUGCGGAAGUCAAAACAGACCCCAAGUUGCACGAGGACAGAUGAACGCACAAUGUACAUUGGUUCAUUACCAUAUUUAACACGCGUUUUAUUGGACCGAAUGGCUCUUCAUUUUAGGGCCCAUUUCUGCUGCCCUUACAUUGUGUUUAUCACUUGAUGAGUUUAACAAACAUGUCACUGUUCACAGGUUUUAAUGCAUCAGAGUUAUGUUAUGACCGCAUGCACAUUUGUUUAAAUGUACUGUUGCAUGAUUUGUGAACAACAGUUUGGUAUUGAACAAUUAUUACAGAUUUUCUUGUUGUACUUGUUGUCUACAGCUAGUUCAAUGGUCCCUUGUAUGAAUAAGCCAAUCAAACAAGGACAACCAUUUCGUGUAUGUACAGUGUAUGUACAGUUUAUUUCAAUAAUAUUGUGCUGGUAACACAUGUGUGCAUAAUAUAUAUAUAU